UAAAAUAAGGGGACCGGAAGUCUACUAAUAUUUUACCACCCCUUUUUUAGCAUGUAAGCUAAUGUCAGUUUGGUGUUGUUUUGUCUUUUCUUCUUUAUAGACGCGGAACAUCACAACAAAAUGGACUCACGGGGACCCGCACUUUACGCACCGGCAGGCUCCUCGGUAGAUCUAUCCCGCAGCACAGAGGAGGACUCUCUGGUGGACGGACCUCUGAUCCCUGCAGACGCCCUCCACUCCGCCAUCAGGAGAAACUUUCAGAGCGUACCAACACCUGGUCAUGCAGGCCUGCUCUCUGUGCUGCAUGUUGUGUACGUGGUGUUGUCAAUGUGUGUGGCGGUGCUGUGUGUGUUGGAGUUUGGUCAAAAGGAUGUGUGUAAUAAUAUAUUGGGUAACGUGCGAGGCGACAGUGUCAUUGUGUUUGGGAAGGUGUGUUUAUGGGUGCUGGUGCUGUUGUUCACUGGGUGUGUGCAGCACCACCACAACCAGGCCCGCAGCAGAGGGUACCUGCGCUUCUACAGACAGACGCAGGGCCUGAAGCACCUGCCGCUCACCGUACACUCUGCAGGAAAUGUUCUGCUGCUGGUGGUUCUGGCUGUGCGGUUAUCACAGACUGUACAGACCUACAUGCUGCUCAGCGUCCUCGUACUGGAGCUCCUGAUCGCUGUGCCCUGUCUGCUCUAUUACACAGUCCAGGUGAUGCGGUUCAACAGGGAGCGAGCUGCACCAGACGUGAGCCAAGAAGAACAUUCACACAACUACAGUGUGAGCAGCCUAACCACGGAGACCGGCUUCAGAGAGGGCUCCAGUCUGGAGGAGGUGGUGGAGAAGCAGGCCGACCUCAUAGAGUAUCUGAAACAACACAACAUCUUACUGAGCAAGAGGCUGCUAAACCUCACGGCUCAGCACUGACCACAGUCCCUCCUCCUCCUCCUCCUCCCUGUGAACCCGAUCAUUUUAACACUCAACUCUCCAAACAGAAAGGAGAGAGGGAUCUGUGGGUCUCAAAGAGAUGAAGAGAAGCUAGAAGAAACACUGGAUAAGAGACUAAAAGUAAGGAAAUCCCUGUGCACACAAGCACCUGUACGCACAGUCUUAAGACGGCAGGGCUCCUCCACGAGGCACCUGAGAUGGACAGAUAACGCAGGAGGAGGCGAGCUGUAAGUGGAGGACAGUUAAAGAGGCCAAGUGGGAGGAGGAGGAGGAGGAGGAGGAGGAGGAGAGGAGCCAUGGGUCACAGAUCAGAGGUGAGGGGUUUUUAUCGCUGUGUUACGACCCCCGGUGACCCACGUGUGCUGCCGCUUGUGUUACUGUGAUGGAAACGGAAGAGGCUAAACCGUUUUAGAGAUCACCUGCACUGAGGGGGAGCAGAGAGGGUGGGAGAAACAGGAGGAGACAAGAAGCCGUCACUUAACAGGGUCAACAAAAAACAAAAAAGAGAGAUUGUGUAACGCUGUAAAUGUCCGUAAGUGCUAUUUUAAUUGUCUGGAUGUGUCAAUGCUUUAUUUGGUUGCAGUUUUUUCUAUCUCCUCAAUCAUUGAGUUUGUGUCGUUGUGAUCACUUAUGAAUAAAUAUGUCAAAUACACAUUAUACUUUUAUUUUAUUUAUGUUUAAACCUUUUCAGGAGUGACUGUUGACACAAUACUGCAGUGAAACACAAGUAAGUUUGGCAGGGUUUUGUUUAUGUUUGUAUAAUGAACAGUUACAGAAAGGGCUCAGUCAAUAGAGACACUAACGCGUCAACAUGAGCUGGUGGGAAUGUGUUAUCCCGCCUCGGCUCUUCUGUGUUGAGUUUCAACAGUCACGUGAAUCUACGUUAACGAAAUAUUGAGGUUGUCAUUUGAGCCAUUGGUGUUUGCGCCCCGUUGUGAUUUCUUUAUGCUGUGGCGUCCGUAACUCUACAGGGAGCACUGCAUUUACGACUCCUUUCUCAUGUGACUUCUCCUGGGAGCCCGGAGUCAUCUGCAGUACCACAGGUAUCAGCAGCCAUGUUUGAUUUAAAAAUUAACUAAAGGUCCUUUUAUUAAAGGUAGUCUAAAUGUAAUUGGUCUGCUAUACAUCCUAGAUUUUACAAUAAUCGUCAAUCACUUUGUUAUUUUAACAUAGGCUGAAACUUACAAAUAUUGUCGUUAUCAACUAAUCUGCAUUUUUUUCUUCUAGAUUAAUUGAUUAAUUCUGUCAAUU